AUUUUCUUUUUAUUCUCAACACACCGGAGCAGAGCACCACAACGGUGAGUCUCUUAGUAACUCAGUGAGAUCAUGCAUAGGCUCGUUCCUCGAUAUGGGUAUCCUAAUUCCGCCGAGUUGUUGCGAAAGUCGCGAGCUUUAAGUGCAAAUUCGAAGACUUUAGCUGUAAACAGGAGUAGUAGAUAUGUCAGCAACGAAGCAGCAAGAGAGUCGACACAUUACGAUGUUGUUGAGAUUACCCCACAUUGGAGACAAGAACAGAGCUGCGUUGUUGGAGAUAGAGGAGAUAAACACUUUCACUUGCCACCGUAUAAGAACGGGCCAGACAAUGAUGUCUACUUGUGCAACAGUUACAUAAAUGCUCAUUUUGAGAAGGGAGACUCAGUCUCUGCGCGUAACCUGUUCGACGAAAUGACUCAGAGGAACUCUGUCACAUGGGCAUGCGUUGUUUCAGGGUAUAACCGUAACGGAGAACACAAGGAAGCCUUAUUAUUCUUUAGAAACAUGAUCGAAGAAGGAGUUUUCUCGAACCCAUACGCUUUCGCUAGCGCCCUUAAAGCUUGUCAGGAGUUAGAAGAUUCUGUGGGGAAGCUUUUCGGGAGACAGCUCCACGGCCUAAUGUUCAAACUCUCCUAUGCAUUCAACGCAGUAGCUUCGAAUGUCCUCAUAUCAAUGUACUGGAAAUGCAUAGGGUCUCUCAGUUCUGCUCUUCGUGUUUUCGAUGACAUUCAAGUGAAAAACUCUGUAUCGUGGAACUCCAUCAUAUCUGUGUACUCAGGUGCUGGGGAUUUGAGAUCUGCGUUUAAGAUGUUCUCUAGCAUGCAGUGUGAUGGUUCUAGACCAACCGAGUACACUUUCGGUAGUCUUGUAACUGCUGCUUGUUCUUUGACUCAACCAGAUGUUAGUUUGCUUAAGCAGAUCAUGUGCGCUAUCCAGAAAUCUGGUUUUCUCUCUGAUCUUUUCGUUGGAAGUGGGUUGGUGAGUGCGUUUGCGAAGUCUGGUUCGUUGAGUUACGCUAGGAAGGUUUUUAAUCAGAUGGAAACAAGAAACGCGGUUACAUUGAACGGUUUAAUGGUUGGUCUGGUGCGGCAGAAACGGGGAGAAGAAGCGACUAAGCUAUUUAUGGAUAUGAAAAGCAGGAUUGAUGUUAGUCCUGAGUCAUACGUGAAUCUCCUGAGCUCGUUUCCUGAGUAUUAUUAUCUAGCUGAGGAAGUAGGUCUGAGGAAAGGCAGAGAGGUUCAUGGACAUGUGAUAACAACUGGCUUAGUUGAUUUCAUGGUCGGCAUUGGGAAUGGCCUUGUUAAUAUGUAUGCUAAGUGCGGCUCCAUAGACGACGCUAGACGUGUUUUCCGUUUCAUGAUGGAGAAAGAUUCUGUCUCCUGGAACUCCAUGAUCACUGGUCUUGACCAAAACGGUUGUUUUCAAGAAGCUUUGGAACGCUACCAAAGUAUGAGACGGCAUGAAAUCUUGCCUGGAACUUUCACGCUGAUUAGCUCGCUAAGCUCGUGCGCGAGCUUGAAGUGGGGUAAAGUAGGACAGCAGAUUCAUGGAGAAAGCCUCAGAUUGGGGCUUGAUUUGAACGUUUCGGUUUCAAAUGCGCUUAUCACACUGUACGCAGAGACUGGCUAUGUGAAAGAAUGUCGUAGGAUAUUUUCCUUCAUGUCAGAGCGUGAUCAGGUGUCUUGGAACUCCAUGAUAGGUGCUUUAGCCAGUUCAGAAGGGUCAGUACCUGAAGCCGUGGCAUGUUUCAUGAAUGCCCUACGUGCUGGACAAAAACUUAACAGAAUAACCUUUUCAAGCGUUCUUUCAGCUGUGUCAUCUCUUUCAUUCGGUGAACUCGGUAAGCAGAUACAUGCGCUAGCGUUAAAGUACAGUAUCACAGACGAAGCAACCAUUGAGAAUGCGCUUAUAGCUUGUUAUGGGAAGUGUGAGGAGAUGGAGGAGUGCGAGAAGAUAUUUUCUAGAAUGUCAGAGAGAAGAGAUGAUGUAACUUGGAACUCGAUGAUCUCUGGUUAUAUACAUAACGAGCUACUUCCCAAGGCCUUGGACUUGGUAUGUUUUAUGCUGCAGAGAGGUCAGAGGUUGGAUAAUUUCAUGUACGCGACGGUUCUCAGCGCGUUUGCUUCGGUUGCGACGCUAGAGCGUGGGAUGGAAGUGCAUGCUUGCUCGGUGAGAGCUUGUUUAGAAUCCGAUGUGGUGGUUGGGAGUGCACUCGUUGACAUGUACUCCAAAUGUGGUAGACUAGAUUAUGCUUUGAGGUUUUUCAACGCGAUGCCUGUGAAGAACUCAUAUUCUUGGAACUCGAUGAUCUCUGGCUAUGCACGGCAUGGGCAAGGAGAAGAAGCUUUGAAGCUUUUUGAGAAUAUGAAGCUCGAUGGCAAGACACCACCUGAUCACGUUACAUUCGUGGGAGUCUUGUCAGCUUGUAGCCACGCGGGUUUGGUUAAAGAAGGGUUUAAACAUUUCCAGUCUAUGAGUGAUUCCUAUGGCUUAGCUCCAAGGAUUGAACAUUUCUCAUGUAUGGCUGACUUGCUAGGCCGUGCAGGUGAGCUAGAUAAGUUGGAAAGUUUCAUCGAUAAAAUGCCGAUGAAGCCUAAUGUUCUCAUAUGGAGGACAGUGCUCGGCGCUUGUUGCAGAGCAAAUGGUCGUAAAGCAGAGCUAGGGAGGAAGGCAGCAGAAAUGCUUUUUCAAAUGGAACCAGAAAACGCUGUAAACUAUGUGUUACUUGGUAACAUGUAUGCUGCUGGAGGAAGGUGGGAAGAUCUAGUAUUGGCGAGAAAGAAGAUGAAAGAUGCAGAGGUGAAAAAGGAAGCUGGUUACAGUUGGGUCACCAUGAAAGAUGGAGUUCAUAUGUUUGCAGCUGGUGAUAAGUCACAUCCAGACGCUGAGUUGAUCUACGAGAAGCUCAAGGAGCUCAACAGAAAGAUGAGGGACGCAGGUUAUGUGCCGCAGACAGGAUUCGCCUUGUAUGAUCUAGAGCAAGAGAACAAGGAAGAGAUACUGAGCUAUCACAGUGAGAAGCUCGCUGUAGCUUUUGUUCUCACGACACAGAGAAACUCUACACUGCCAAUCAGAAUAAUGAAGAACCUUAGAGUUUGCGGUGAUUGUCACUCUGCUUUCAAGUAUAUAUCAAAGAUCGAAGGGAGACAGAUUGUUCUAAGAGAUUCAAACAGGUUUCAUCAUUUUCAAGACGGUGAAUGCUCAUGUAAAGAUUUCUGGUGAUUCCAUGAGAGGUGAUUCAGCACUUAUUCACUCAAACCAUUGUUCUUUCUGCUACUGGAAAGGAAAGUAGAGAUGCAUCAAAGCACUGAGUUACAUACAAUAUAUGAGUGGAGGAGCUCAUAUGAUGGUCAGACCAAUCAUGCGCAAAAUGAUUGAUUCAUAUGAUCAACCAUCUCAGUUGGCGCUUGUGAUAUCCCAAGAUUCCAGAAAAAGUAAUCUUUCCACUGUAUGCCACUUUACUCACACUAGCCAGUGCGUUACGAGUUGUAACUUUCAUUUCUAUCUCUCUUCAUAUGCAAUUUGUUGUAUAGAUUAACUUCCUUGAACAAGACAGUCACCCUCGUUUGUGAAUUGGUCAAAAAGGUAUGUCGAAGAUGAGGAGAGUAAGCUAUUUAUUUUGAAGGCAUGUGAAGAUCCAGAGCAGAUCAUAGAGUGUACAGGUGCCUGAAAGUGGUGUAGGCAUUGCGUAUUUACUCAUGUAGUCCCCAAGAUUCACUUUAUGGUACUCAGCAUGACAAUAUUUUUCCACCUUUUCUUAUCAUAAAACUGCAUGUAAGUAACUAGUGUUUCGUUUGUUAUAAAGGUGUUGUAUGUUAAUUUCA